AAGUGGUUGCCAUCAGCCAUGGCUCCAAAAAAGAAGCCAAACAAAGGAGGCAAGGAGAUGCAGGGCAAGAAGAUAGGGGGCAAGAAGGAUGCCAGUGGGACCAAGACUCCAGAGUUGGCCAUGGUGGAGGAGCUGAAGGAAUUCUACCACAAACAGAUCCAAGACCUGGAGGACAGGCUGGCCCGGUAUCAGCGGAAAUGGGAUGAACUGGCUGUGCGGGAGAAGCUGUUCCAUCAGGAGUUCGAGCAGCUGGCCAACAACAAGAAGGAGAUUGUGGCCUUCCUCAAGCGCACGCUGAACCAGAAGGUGGAUGAGAUCACAGACCUUAAUGACCAGCUGCAGAGCCUGGAGGUGGCCAAGGAUAUGGAGAAGGACGCGUUCGAGGCCCAACUGGCCCAGGUGCGCCAUGAAUUCCAGGAAAUCAAGGACCAGCUCACCACAGAGAACAUCGCCCUCGGGAUCAAGCUGAGUUCCCUGGAAGAAUUCCGGCUGCAGAAAGAGGAGCUCACGGAGAAGUACUUGGCACUGGAGGAGCAGCUCCAUAGGCAGGAGGGCGAGUACAAGGAAUACGUGUACAACCUGGAGAAGAAGUCUGUGCUGGACAAGGACAGGCUGAGGAAAGAGAUUAUCCAGCGUGUGAACCUGGUGGCCACAGAGUUCCGAAAGAUGGCCACCAACCAGAUGUGGGAGACGACCAGGCGGGCCAUCCUAGAGAACAACAGCGUGACUCUGCAGCUAAACAAGGUGUCCAAGCAUGGUGUGCAGCUGCUGCAGGAGAAUGAGCAGCUCAAGGGCACCCAGAACAAGCUGUGCCAACAGCUGGAGAUGCUGGAGAACACCCAAGAGAUCAUGGCCAGAAAGAACAUAGGGCAUAAGAAGAUUAUCCUCAUGCUGACCGAGAAGUGCCGCCAACAGAGAAAGGGCACAGAGGAGACGGAGCAACUGCGCCUCCUGCUGUCCCAACUGGAGCAGAACUUCCAGAAUGUGCAGAGGGACAACCAGACCCUGAGGAGUGAGAAAGACCAGCUGGAAGCGCAACUGAAGGAGAAGCAGGCAGAGGCAAAUCGGCUACAGGAGGAGCUGACCAAGGAACAGAAAAUUCGGGCAAACCUUAAAACAGUCCUGAUCCAGGCGACCUCCAUGCUACAGGACAUUGUGCACAUGCAAACAGAGGCGGAGGACGGCGACUUUGAUGUGGUGUUCCAACUGCAGCGCAAGGAGCUGCUGCAGCAACUGCUGGUAUUGCUCAGCUCAGGGGUGGUUUUGAAAACACAGCCGGACAUGGGUUCCCACCAGGACAAGCAGCCCCAGGGCCUAUCCAAAGAAAGCCAACGCAUCACCCAGACAUCCAAGGAAGGGGCUGUUUCUCUGCUGCAGCAGCUCUCGACCAUCACAACCUAUAAGCCAGGGGAUCUUGGGCUGGUGCCUCGACGUCCGGUCCGCAUCCCACUCAAACCCCAGGAUCUCAGGCCCCUCUCCUAUAUCACCCGAAUGGGGAUCUGCCAGAACACGAAUGAGAUCUACCCAUCUGGAGCUCUCAAAAGGUUCAGAAAGUUUACCCUUCCUAGACCUUUCCUACACCGCAAAUAGCGAACGGGGAGACCAAGCUGCUGCAGAAACAGACUGAUGUGGCCACAGUCCCUCCUUGAAUCUGCAAGUAGCCUGGGGAAACCCA